GAGUGUGUGCUGACAGCGGCACGUGUGUGUGAUGCGCUACAGACUCCCUCCGCUGUCCUGCUGGAAUCUUCAGCAAACACGGAAGAAGCGGUAAACGCCAAAUAAUGGCCUGGAUAGUAAUUGUAGAUGUCAACGGCGAUCCAGAUCCAUGGAGUCCAGUCCUGUGUGCUCGGUUUCAGCAGUGAUGUGAGUUCUGCAGGUUUUCGUGUGGAAGGAAGUAGGCUAUAUAUGACCGAGCAUAAUUGGUAUUGAAUCAUUUUGACCUGAAAGACCUGCGCAUAGAUGCAUUUAGGAUAGGAGUUUGAUCGGACUGACAUCUCAAAGGCAGACGGGACGUUCAGUGUCUAAAAGGAUGUCAGGAUUGUUGUCCUGAAAGGAAUACUGUCCUUCUGGAUGUGGCCUUCAAAUGUGAAUUCUGGGCUUUGUAUAUGAAAAGACGCUCUGAGCCAAUGAAGUAUUUUCCACAAGAAAGGAACCAAAAGGCCUCCUGACUUUGUCCAGUUGGAUUGAUUUUGAAUGCCAAGUGCAUUGUGAUUUUUGUCUCUCCUUCACGUGUACAGUCCAUUUAUUCUUUCACCUUUCCUUUCCUCCAUUCACCCUGCUGCAAGGUCUGACUUUCUGGUGUGCGGGAGGACACGGUGGGUCCAACAUGUCUGCCAAGGCUCCCAUAUAUCUUAAACGACGAAGCCGUAAAGGAAAGAAGGAAAAGUUGCGUGAUAUUCUUUCUUCUGACAUGAUCAGUCCUCCGCUGGGAGACUUCAGACACACCAUCCACAUUGGCAGUGGCGGGGGCGCAGAUGAUCUUUUCGGUGACCUGUCUUUCCUACAAGGUAAAUUUCAUCUGUUACCAGGGCAAGGUCACCAAGGGUCAUUCCAGCUAAGUCGCACAGUGAGUGUAAGCAGUCACCCGCCGUCCUGUGAGAGCUCGCCGCUCUUGAAAAAUGCCCUGUCUCUUCCUAUCAUUGGAGGGGUGCAGGCGCUCACCCUUCCAGCCCCGACGGCCACAGCCCCUCUGACUUCAACAGCAACGGCGACCACUGAGGUCCCAACAGCACUGACAACGACCCAGUCACCCCCAACAUCUCCGUCUCUCGCUCCACCUCCCAAACCUCCCAGACUGCACCUGGAAGAGAGGAACAUGUCACGGCAUACAUCACUUCCUGCAUCUCCAAAUGGCUCUCCACUGCAUUUGCACACAAAUGGACAAAGUCCAGAUCCUUUGGAAAAUGAGAAGUGUGUGAAGGAUGGGGAUGAGGAGGAAAAGCCAUUUCUGUCCAACGCUGGCUCUAUGCUUUCCCUCCAUCUGGACUUGGGACCAUCGAUCUUAGAAGAUGUGCUUCAGAUCAUGGACAACCAGAGGACAGGGACAUUCAGUGGGGGACUUAAACCUAGUGGACGACAAGAGAUAUAUACCUGAAAGUGAACAAGAGAUCACAGUCAAAGCUUGAUGGUACAUAAAUGGACUAAUCGCAUUUUUCUUCAUGUAUCUAAACCGUUUGCCCUCUGAGAGAACUCAUUUACCUGCUGUACAAUUGCAUUUCCUGGAUAUUUAGAAAUUUUAUGCUUAUAUAUAUAAUCUUUGAAAAAUACCUUUGGAAGCUACAGAAUUGGAACCAAUCCGAAUUUAAUCUGUUCUAUCAUUGGAUUUCUCUGUGUUCAAAUUGAUUGUUUUAAUUAAUCUCUGUUCAUUUUUGACUACAAGCAAUACACUAAUUCUGGCUACUCUUAGAUACAGUUUGAAACAUCUGAAAGCAUUUUAGCAAGCACAUUUAAAACUACCUGCAGUGUGUAUGUACUAUUACAGAGCAACAUGCUAUAGGCCUCCUGGAUUCACUACAGGAAAAAAAACGGACAUUUUUCUCUUUCAAAGCAGCAAUGACAUCCCCCCCCCCCCCUCUUCUGUGUUGUUGCAAUUUGUGUAAUCGGGUAAAAAUGCGCAGCUCCUCCCUAAUGAUCUGGACACACACACAUGCCAGGAGGCCUCUGUAUCUACACCCUGGGAUUGUAACUUUCUCUUUUUGUUGGGAGUAGUUUUCAUUGUUCCAAAACAGAAACCCAAAGGCUGUUUUUUGAUAGAGCAGGAAUAUGGAAUGUUUUCCUUUCAUAAAAUACACUUUU